GUAAACGAGGCUUGUGAGGGAAUAACGCAAAAAAAAAAAAAAAAACCCAGCGUGCACUUUUCAGCACCGAUACCUCGUGGACAGCAGCCAAACGGAGGCAUAUAAUAUAAAUCAACGGUGGGGUAGUUGAAUUUCAAUUAAAUCACCAUUAUUUUUUUGGGGAGGGGGGGUUACGAAACGGCUACUGUCAACCACAAAAAGUUUGCUGGUAGUUUCGAGUCGACGAGAGUGACGUGCAACGUGGUGCUAAUUUGAAGAUUGUUUGUCCUCGCUGGCCGAUAAUGCCAUAACCCAUCUCGUCUGAGGGACGUUUUUGUUUUUACGGGCAAGGCGACGUUAGUGGAGCGAGUCUCGGGAGUAUCGUAGUUCGACGUAAUCUGGGCCUGACUUGAGUCGGAUCUAGGCGGACUAAAUGCCUGCAAAUGAAGGAAAGCAAAAAAGGGUAACGAAACCUUUUUAUUGCAGCUAGCUUAAUUCGAACGGCGGUCCAGUUGUGGUGGUUUCGACCACAUCACGGCUAGUUCGCAGCGCUAGUUGUUGCCCUCCAUUGUGUGAGCAUCUUUGUGCCAUUCCCACCGCUGUGCUCCCGACCCCCGGAUCCCGCGCUGUCGCAUCGCACCGCCCGCCGCCCCCCUCAGCCACAGCCGUGUGUUUGGGAUUUUCUCCCCCUCCCCCCUGCUCGACUCUACAAAAGUUCACGUCCAAAAUGUGUUCCCGGGUUUGGUUCGUGACCGACCGGCGUAUCAGCCAGGAGUACCCCCAGGUCCAGAUUCUCCGGGCGCUGAAACAGCGGUGCGCCGAGGAGGAUGUUGAAUUCCGCUCUCUUCUCAUGGAUCAAAUCGUGCUCACCAUCAGCGAGGGACAAUUGGGUCUGCGGGUGGAGCAGGAGGUGGUGACAUCCUACCCACAGGUGGCGGUGGUGAGGGUGCCCACGCCCUGGGUGCAGUCGGACAGCGACAUCACUGUACUGCGCCACCUGGAGAAGAUGGGCUGUCGGCUCAUCAACCGGCCCCAGGCCAUCCUCAACUGUGUCAAUAAGUUCUGGACUUUCCAGGAGCUGGCGGGCCACGGGGUACCCCUUCCUGACACCUUCUCCUAUGGGGGACACGACAACUUCCGCAAGAUGAUUGACGAAGCAGAGCCACUGGGCUACCCGGUUGUGGUCAAGAAUGCCCGUGGUCACAGAGGCAAGGCUGUGUUCCUGGCCAGGGACAAGCACCACCUGUCCGACCUAUGCCACCUGAUCCGCCAUGAUGCGCCCUACCUAUUUCAAGAGUAUGUCAAGGAGUCGCAUGGCCGUGAUGUGCGGGUAGUUCUUGUGGGAGGCCGUGUCAUUGGCUCCAUGCAGCGCUGCUCCACUGAUGGACGCAUGCAGAGCAACUGCUCCCUGGGUGGUGUGGGUAUGAUGUGCCCUCUGAGUGAGCAGGGUAAGCAGCUGGCCACUCAGGUGUCUAACAUCCUCGGCAUGGACGUGUGCGGCAUUGACCUCCUUCAACUCAAUGAUGGCUCCUUUGUGGUGUGCGAGGCCAACGCCAACGUGGGAUUCAUUGCCUUCGACCAGGCCUGUGGCAUGGAUGUGGCAGGCAUAGUGGCCGACUACGCCCUGUCGCUGCUGCCCAGCCGCCUCACUCGAAAGAUGUCCCUGCUCUCUGUGGUGUCUAGCGCCAGUGAGACCAGCAGUGAGCCUGAGGUAUGCCCUGUGCCCGCUGGUGCCGGCUCGCUGCCUGAAGCAGUCUGCAACAUGAGUGUAGGCUCCACCUCAAGUGAGAGUGACCCAGAGCUGGCUGAGCCCUCGCAGUCUUCCCCACAUCAGGCCUCAGCUCCCGACCUCUCUGGCCUCCCUGGUCUCCCAGACCCCGCUUACAACUUCAACACCCUCCUCACCAACGAGAUCAAGUUAUUGACUGAGUAA